GCGUGCACUCUGCACGCGGAGCCGGAAGAGUCGAUCAUCAUCAUCAUCAGGCCGCCUUUGGUUUGGCCCGUGCGCGCGUGCACCCGUGCCCCGGUAGCCUGUGCGAGCGCGCGCCUCUCCUCGCGGUGACUUUUCGAAGAUGAUGAUGUGACUCCGGGCCGGCGGGCGCGCGCACCUCCUCCUCCUCCUCCUCCUCCUCCUGCAGCAGCGGCGGCAGCAGCAGCGGCGCUCCUCUCUCCUCUCCCCUAAAGGCCCCCGGCCCCCCACCUCCAUGUCCCACUUUCUCCACAUCUGCAGGGGAAGGAAACGGAAGAGCCUCGCGCCGUCCAGCCUCCACAGCAGGUUUUCCGUCGGAACCCGGCUGUGGAUUUACCGCCAAGGGAUUUUUCUUGUCUUGUUGCGGCGCGCGGCGGCUGCGGCGCGCACGAACAUUUGCUGAAGAGGCAGAAGACGCAGAGAAGGCGAUGGAAGUAAGCGCGGACCAGCCGCGGUGGAUGAGCCACCAUCCCGCGGUGCUGAACGAGCAGCAUCCCGGCUCCCAUCACCCGGGCCUCGGCCACUCGUACAUGGACCCUCAGUACCCGCUGGCCGAAGAUGUGGAUGUAAUCUUUAAUAUCGAUGGACAGGGCAACCACGUCUCUCCUUAUUAUGGGAACUCUGUCCGGGCCGUCCAGAGGUACCCUCCACCUCCGCACAGUAGCCAAGUGUGCCGUCCCUCCCUGCUGCCCAGCUCCCUGCCCUGGCUCGAGGGCAGCAAAGGAAUCGGCCCCCACCACAGCAGCUCCCCCUGGAACCUGAGCCCCUUCCCCAAGAACCCGCUGCACCACGGCUCCCCGGCCAGCCUGUCCGUCUACCCCCCGGCCUCCUCCACCUCCCUGUCCACGGGCCACUCCAGCCCGCACCUCUUCACGUUCCCCCCGACCCCUCCCAAAGACGUGUCCCCGGAUCCGGGCAUCUCCACGCCGGGCUCCAGCAGCUCCGGCCGCCAGGAGGACAAGGAGUGCAUAAAGUACCAGGUGACCCUGGCCGACAGUAUGAAACUCGAAUCCCACCACACCCGGAGCGUGGCGUCUAUCGGAGCAGGGUCAACCUCUGCCCACCACCCCAUCGCCCCAUACCCACCCUAUGAAUACGGGCCAGGCCUCUUCCCACCGAGUGGCCUGAUAGGUGGGUCAUCUUCUAGUUAUGGUUCCAAAACAAGACCAAAAACAAGGUCCUGUUCAGAAGGCCGGGAGUGCGUGAACUGCGGGGCCACGUCGACGCCGCUGUGGAGGCGGGACGGUACGGGUCACUAUCUGUGUAACGCCUGCGGCCUGUAUCACAAGAUGAACGGGCAGAAUCGCCCUCUCAUCAAGCCUAAGCGGCGGCUGUCUGCAGCCAGGCGGGCGGGGACGUCCUGCGCCAACUGCCAGACGACAACGACGACGCUGUGGCGGAGAAACGCCAACGGGGACCCGGUGUGCAACGCCUGCGGCCUCUACUUCAAACUGCACAAUAUCAACCGACCUCUGACCAUGAAGAAGGAGGGCAUCCAGACCCGGAACAGGAAGAUGUCCAGCAAGUCCAAGAAGAGCAAAAAGUCCCAGGACAGCAUGGACGACUUCUCCAAGAGCCUGAUGGACAAGAGCUCCUUCAGCCCGGCCGCCCUGUCCCGCCACAUGUCCUCCUUCCCGCCCUUCUCGCACUCCAGCCACAUGCUGACCACCCCCACACCCAUGCACCCCUCCUCCAGCCUCCCCUUCGCCCCCCACCACCCCUCCAGUAUGGUCACAGCCAUGGGUUAAGCCCCGCCCCCAGCUCCAUCUGAAGGCUCCUUCUUUUCCCUCCGCUGUAUUUUAAGUUUUUCUACAAGGAGCUCCAUCUGUGUACAAAAACCUCCUCCCACCUGCCCGCCCGCCCGCCUCCACCUGUGUAACAGGACCCCCCCAACUUACCCCAAAACUGGGGUAUUAAAGAGAGGGGACUGAAUAUAUUUGUACAAAUUGUAUGAAAUACACGAAAUGAAGACUUUUUAAUUAAGAAAAAAAAGGAAACUUGCCCGCGGGCAGCUAACGACCAGAAGGGUACGAGUCGCAGCAGGAGGGGACUUUCCGGAAAGGGCGGGCCUCGGAUUUGCCUGCGUGAAUUGUGUCGCAUUAAGUUUGCAGAGAGCCGUCUCUCUCCUUCCUUUUUUUUUGUUCAAAUUUAUUAUUUUUUUCUGGAUGUGCUAUAAGUCUCGGGCAGAUGUGUUGAAGCUCACACACACAAACACACAAACACACACAGACACACAAAGACUUUCUUCCUGCCCUCAGAUUAUAUGCAUUGUGAGAAAAAAAAAGUUCCUGUAUUUGUUAUUUGUAUGUAUAAAAAUCAGAGUACCAAAAAUACAAAAGAAGCAAAGAUGUUGAAUUAUUUCUUUAUGUUAUGCAGACUGAAUAGUUGUAAAAAUUUAAUAAUAAUCACUAGUGUAAAAUAUGACUGCUUCUUUUUUCCUCUUUGAAAAUAAUAAACUAGUUUAAUCUCUGUUGACAUGCGA